AUGGCCGAACUGUUGGCAGCAAUGCAGAACAAUGACGAGCAGAAGACCAACAAGAAAGCAAAUACCGAUCAGCAUGAGGAGCGUCAAUCAGAAUCAAACGCAAAGACGGUGGAAACCAACCCCAAAACAGCAAGACGACGGACUAAUCCCUUUUCCGAAGAAAUAAUGAGCUUUAAAAUGUCUAAAAAUUUUACACUUUCAAUGACCCUAACACUGUACAAGGGGAUCGGAGAUCCUAAAAUCCAUGUUACAAAAUUUGAAUCAAUGAUGUUUCUCAAUAGUGACUUCGAUCCCAUCUUGUGCCGAUCUUUUCCAACCUUCUUAGAUGGAGCUGCUUUAUUAUGGUUUUCUAACUUACCUGCAGGAUCUAUAUCAAGCUUUGAAGAGUUUGCCAAAUUAUUUAUAAAUUAUUUUGCAGCAUCCAAAAUCUACGUGCGAGACUCGAACUAUCUCAGCACGAUCAAACAGGAACAAUAUAAAAGCUUAAAGGAGUACAUGAUGCGGUUCACAGAAGCAGCUAUGCAAAUCUCUGAUCUUAACCCCGAAGUGCAGCUACACGCCAUCAAAAGCGGACUCUGUCUCGAAAAAUUCCAGGAAGCAAUAGCAGUGGCAAAAUCGAAAACGCUGGAGGAGUUCCGAGAAAAAGCCCAGGGUCAAAUUGAAAUUGAAGAGAUCAGGGAGGCCAGAAGAAGCAAAAGGUCGACCAAAAAAGAAGAGGAAAGGCCACACCGGCCUACAAGUAAAGACCCCCGAAAACCAUUCAAACUAGCACCGAAGUUCGACUCGUACACAAAAUUCAACACAAAAAGGGAGGAUAUAAUCAAGGAAAUUCUGCACAACAAACUGAUCAAACCACCUAUCAGACCAGGGUCAUACCAAGAUCAAAAGUAUGUGGAUCGAAGCAAGCACUGUGCUUUCCAUCAAAAGUUUGGUCAUACAACAGGCGAUUGUGUGGUGGCAAAAGAUCUGCUUGAAAGGUUGGCGAGAUAA